AUCAGACAUACAGAGAUGAUCAUACACAGUACACUGCAGCCUGAUCUCUCUCCAUCAUUGCACCAUCAUCCUCAUCCUCCUCAUCCUCACACUGCAUCACUGCACCUGGGAUCUCUGCAGCCCCCUCCCCCUGCACUCAGCAUGUCAGCUGUCUGAUCCUCCUCACCGGUGAUGCAGAAUCUGGGGGUGGUGUGACCCCCAAAAGGUGAAACCACUGCAACAUCACAGGGGCCCCUCGGAGACCAGGAUCCCAGGAGGGCUUCAUCAAGAUCCUAUGUGUGAAGCCUUCAUCUCCCCCAACCGUGGAUGGGGGCCCCGUGCAGAUGUCCGCUGUGUCCCCUCCUAUACCAUGUAGGAAAUAUCUGGAGCUGACUGUCCAAGACCUGAAGUUCCAAUGACUUGUGUCUCCCUCCUGAGCCUGCAAUACAAGGGCAGCGUGUGGGGCAGGAGUAUGGUGGAGAUGGCUCAUAUCCCUGUCUAUCUGAGCCCAGCCGUGCUGGUUCUGUUCAGCUGUGACCUCUGCUUGGUGAGAGCAAGUAAGUACCCCCUGAUGGUGCUGAUCACCCAUCUGAAGGCCAACUCCGCCACCGUCUCGUGGGAUGUCCCCGAGGGUGACUCAUCAUUGGGUUAUGCAUAUCUCCAGCAGAGGCAGGAUGGCAAAUCCAUCCGUUUUAUAAGAGAAGGGACACACAACAAAUCGGGCCUGUGUCUUGUGGACCUGGAGGAGGACACAGAUUAUAUAAUCCAGGUGCAGUCCAUCGGUUUGUACAGCGAGAGCCAAGCCAGUAAGCGAGUCCAUUUCCGAACCCUGAAAGAAACCGAUCGACUGCCAUCAAACAGCUCUAACCAAGGAGACAUCACUGUGCAAGGAGUGGACAAGGAGCGGCAGCUAGAGACUGGCGAGAUCAUCAUUAUUGUGGCCCGUUCUGCUCAUGUGGGGCAGAAAUUACACCUCACAGGUCAGAUCCUUAUCACAUGGUCUCUGCGCAGUCCAGAUUCUGUGCUGAAUGAAUGUUGUAUAGCGGUCAUCGCUCUGUUCUGCCGCCAGUAUGACAUCAUUAAAGACAACGACUCGAACAAUAACAAGGAAAAGGCCAAACCAUCCUCGGAGCAGAGCACCCCUGAGCGGCAGACGGGAGGGUUACUGCGAAAGAAGAAAGCUCCGUCUGUCAACAUUAUUGAGGUAUAGUGCUCAUCCAGUGGCCUGUCCAUGACCCAGGUUCUGCACAGAGCAUCUUGGGCCUUUUGGAUGAAAUGCACAAAGGCAGAUAAAGGACUGUAGACUUCUUAUAAGCAAUACCACUGGAACUCUGCACCUGCGGAGAUUCUCAAGGGCUCAUCUCGUCCACUGUAUCAUCUCACCAGCCAUGGGACACAUUUCUGCCCUGGCCUAAAGACCUUGAGAUGUCCACCUCCACCAUAUCAGACAGGAUGGACCAGCAGAUGGUCAGUGCGGGCACAUGCAUUGGUCAUAUAUGUACUCUAUCAUGGCAUGAUAGGAAACCACGCAUCAUGGUUGGAGCUCAUUCACUGACCACAAGACGAUGAGUGGGGAGAUAAUUCUCAGAUCUUUAGCCAUUCUACCAACACAACAUUCAAGAUAAUGGAGAGUGUCUUUGGUUCUCUCUUUAACUUUGAGCCUGGAAUAGCGGUUCUUAACCUGUUGGUCCUGACCUGAAACAUUGGAACAUCAUGAUCUUUAUGGUGCACCUUUGUUCACAUUCUUAACAACACUUAGUGCCAAAUAUUCAACUAUCAUGAAGUUAUUACUGUAUGUUAUUUUCUAAAAAGUAUUGCAUUGUUUA